GGUGAUAUUGGAAUUGAGUUGGCGUUGGUGACGACGGCGAUCCUCUACUUACCUCUAAGAGCUUUAGAGAAAAAGCUUUGUAAGCGAUAAAAUUCAAGGUGCUGCUUUAUUGACGUAUCGCUCUAGGAGAUGGUUGUGUAUUUUCUUAUUACGAUAUCUAUGUUUAGCUGUGUGGAAGCAACGGCUAAGGUACGCACGGAUACAAUGAGAGAAGUCGGGGUAGUUCAACUAGUCCUUGAUUUCGAUAAUCAAGGACGUGCCACUGCUGUCAAAGGAAGGAUAGAAAGAGCUGGACCUGCGAAAGUACACUUCGGUCUUCGCAUCAUCUCCUUAAGUGAAAUGCAGCAUAAAAAUGUGCAAGUGAAUAGACGACUUUCGAACACGUUACUCGCUUCCAGCUAUGUGCACGGGGAUGUCCUUUGUACAGAUCCAUGAACGCUCCUUGUGUAUACGGAUGCUACAAACUGAUUUGGAAACAUAACGUCUUGGGGUGGUAUCAAGCUAGUUCCAUUUAAUCUGUAUAUGGUUCUAUUGCCCGCAGAUUGUACUUGUAUCUUUAUUGUUGUUCAAGGG